ACAGCUAACCCAGCAGCACAGUGUGUGUGUGAACAUUCAAGUGGGAAAAAUAAAUUUAAUUUCGCUCCGUGGAAAAACGUAAAAUUAUGUCAAUAUUGUUGCUGAAGCAAAUAAAAUUCAGUGCAAAUGCUGCAGAGACUGCCAUGCUGAUGGGCUACCUGCGUAGGUAUUCCCGGAAGAGUGAUCCCAAAAACAUUGAUAGCUCAUAUAAAAUCGUGAAAAUCCGUGACUUUCAAGAUGAUGGGGGACCCCUUGGCGGAGAAGGAGGUUCCCUGGCACUAUUCUCCCCUAGUCGCUUCUACUUGCCUGGCUCCCUGGGGCCAGCUUGGCUGACGCAAUCCACGACAAUCUCAACAAAUAUCACGUUGGAGGAUCUCGUGGAUUUCGAGUCAAAGUCCUCACAAAAGUUCCACAUUAGCUGCCAAAAGUGCCCCAUGUUGAUACGAAAUACCCUCAAGGAGCUCUUUCCCACCGUUCCGGAAGCAACUGCACCCAAUGAUGUUGCCCUUGUGACACUGACCUCGCCAGCCGAGACAGAAAAUAAUGCCAAAUCAUUUGUUCUCAUUGCCAGAGAGAUUUGCAGUCGAUUGCGACACUCAGGGCAUUGGGCGGACUUUAUUAAUCCCUUCAGUGGUAAACCCUUCUAUUCCUUCAUUGGUGCCGACUUGUACACAAUCGAUGAGAGAUUUCGCGGGUUUGGCAUGAAGAUUGAGGAUACAAAUCAAUGCCGAGUCAUCAGUGCUGAUGAUCAAAUCACAUUCUCCGGAAAUGUGUUCACAAAUGCCCCAGCUAGUUUGGACAUUAUUCGAUCCCUCUUGGAUGAGUAGCCUAAAAUUGUCUCUGAUAAAGAAAAAAAAAGAAUAAUCAAACAUCUCCCAGAAGACAUUGAAUUGUCCCAAAGUCACGUGUAUACAAGAAUUUUGUAGAUAGUACAAUGUAAAUUAUAUUCUUGUAAGAAUA